AAUCGCACCGCAACUCCUCCCACUCCUUCCCCAAACGAGCAAUGGCUGCGAGCCUGAGACUCUGGAGGCUGAAGCCCUCCCGGAUCCUCCGCGGCCCCGUUGCCUCUGGGUUCAGCAGCGGCGCCACAGCUGGAUCGGGGCAGCAGCCACAGCUGGAGAAACUCACCAGCACUCGGCAGCUGGAUGGCAUCAGACACAUUAUCUUGAAUAACCCUAAGAAAAGAAAUGCUCUGUCACUCUCUAUGCUGAAGUGUCUCCGCGAUGAUAUUCUGCAUGAUAUCGAAAGCAAGGCUCUCAGAGUCAUCAUCAUUUCAGCGGAAGGACCUGUAUUUUCCGCUGGCCAUGAUUUAAAGGAAUUGUCUAGUGAACAGGACACGAAGCACCAUAUUGAAGUAUUUGAGACCUGCGCUGAGGUCAUGACUCUGCUCCAAAAACUCCCCGUACCAGUGAUUGCCAAGGUAAAUGGCUUGGCUACGGCAGCAGGCUGCCAGCUGGUGGCGAGCUGUGACAUUGCAGUAGCGAGUGAGAAAUCCAGGUUUGCUACACCCGGAGUCAAGGUCGGGCUGUUCUGCUCCACACCAGCGGUGGCUGUAGGGAGAGCCCUUUCUAGAAAGGUUGCAUUAGAGAUGCUGUUCACAGGAGAGCCUAUUUCUGCCCACGAUGCAUUGCUGCAUGGACUUAUCAGCAGGGUGGUACCAGAAGACAAGCUAGAAGAGGAGACCAUGAACAUUGCACGCAAGAUAUGUGAAACUAGCCGGUCUGUUGUGGCACUGGGGAAAGCCACCUUUUACAAACAGAUGGCACUGGAUCUUGAUGCUGCCUACAGAAUGACCUCCCGGGUCAUGGUGGACAAUCUGACCCUGAAGGAUGGACAGGAAGGAAUAGAGGCCUUUAUUCAGAAGCGCAAGCCUACCUGGUCACAUAGUGUGAACACAGCUUGCAAAUGAGUACGCUCAGGCUUAGCUAACUCACACCAGUGUCUUCUCUGUGAAAGUCCCAGGGACUGUAUUUUUGGUGUUGCUGAAAACUAUAUUUCACUUCUGUAUUGUGUAGCUCUUGUGAGGAUGAUGGCCGCUGGCACUGGUGAUGAGGAAGCUUAAGCCAAUUCCUUCUCUGUGGCACUGACAGCGCUUUCACCAGGAUGCAUCAAAAUCUGGACCCAUGAUUCUUCACUGGCACAGCUGCACCAAGGGAGGCUGUACUAGAGACAGCGCACCAGUAUUUUUACCAAUCCAUGGUCUAAUACCAGGUUGGAAUAAUAACCAUUUCUUCACUCUGAUGGUCUUCACAACCCCAUUUGUUUGCUCUCCAUGAACAUUCCUGGGAGCGAAAUCUUUGUACACAGGAAUGUUUGCAGAAAGAGAGAAAAAAAGGCCUUGUGAAUACGUGUGUAAAUAUUUAUUCAAACGAAUAGUCAAGCCAGAGGUCUUGAAAGCUUUUUGUGGGAUCAGGGAACGGAAACAAGUCCCUGAGAUGUAGGUAGCCAUUCAAACUGCAUGACUAGUGAAAUACAAAUAGCAAAUGUCCAAAGCAACACUCAUGGUUCACAAGGAAUUCCUAGACUAACAGAUCUACAUCAAUCUCUCUUAGGCAUUUUUAUGACACUCAUCACCAUAGCAUCAAAAUAUGUUUCCAUAAAUCAUGUGUUGCAUAAUUCUGUAUGAUGAACAAGAGAAGAUUGUCACGUAAUAAAGCCCUGGACUGGGA